AUGCUACUAUCAAACUUGAUUCUUCGAAAGCUUCCUUUCUCUGACUCUCACAGAAAAGUAAUUUUGCAACUCACUACUCUGGAAAAUAAUUGCCUGGACAUUCAAAUGGAGGCUCUGCGUUUCACGUUCCCGUUCCAUUACGAAUUCUAUAAGUGCUUUGAUGAGUUCUCCAAUGUUAGACGAGCGAUAAAAUAUGUGAAGUCCAUGAGCUCUCCGUACUUCGCUGAAGUCAAAGCAAUGAACAUUCAACCAGGUAUUAUUCCUAUUCGGCCUUCCAACCGCUUAUCUUCUGAUGUCGUGAUUCGCAUUAAGAAAUUCACUCUUGAAAUCAAGGACGAUCCAUUUGAAUGCAAACUCAGUGAUGAUUUUAUGGUUCUCAUGGAUGAGAGCGUUGAACAGCAAAAACGCGUUGCUGCCCUGACCGCUCAACUUGACCGCAAUCGACAGGCUCGAUUGGUACCAAUUUCUCCAGCUGCAGCAGCGGCAGAACUACAAGCCUGUCUACAACAACUGGAAUUUCAAAGAGCUCUCGAGUAUAUUGCUCGUAUCAGGCGAUUCUACUCAGGCUACAAGAUGGCUGAUGAUCUCUUUACGUGGAGCAUGGAAUCUUUUUGUAUGCAUGUCCUUUCUGACGAGACUUAUAGUUCUCCAGAGAAGGUCAUUACUGAAAUCAGACGGAUGGAUGAUGUUAGCCCCUGGAAUGAUCCUCAACCUUCAGAUUUCAGUCAAUUAUGUUGUCGUCAUAUCCAUCUGACGUUUGGUCGUUUCCAAUGGCAACUUCGAGAUUACACGAAGAAUCUCAUUGAUGCUACUGAGGUAACUAUAACAGGUCCAUUUGCCAUGGCAACAGGACGUUCGGAUGAUCCAAGAUGUCAACGCGACUGUUGUGUGGAUUUGGGACCGCCAUGGAAACCAGCCAACGUUCCAGUCACUCGAUUUGUCCAACCCACGAAAUUCUACUACGAAUUAAUGGCUAAUGUGAAGGACCUCUCGCUGUGUUACGGCUCUAACUGGGAAUCAACCAUUGCUUGGUUGAACCUGCGUGUUGAUGAUAUAAAGCGAGCUUCUGUAGAUCCUUCAAUUCCUCCACUUGGUUGGUGGGAUAAGGUUCGACUUAAUCUCCAUGGGCGUCUGGGAUUCACGUGUGGAAAAUUUUCCUGGCUUUACUCCACAAGUUUGGAUCCAUAUAAUGCUAGGGAAUUCCUCACUUGCCAAUGGAAUACCUGCUCGUUUGAUUGGAUUCCAGGUCGUAUUUUCAUCCACGGCGAUUUUAAUCUCUUCUUUGAGACCGCAUCGAAAUAUGAUGGAGUCUGUCACGUUCUUCAAAUACCUGGUCUUAAUUUUGAAGUUUCCAUGGACUGGUUGUCUUUCGGAGACCAGUUUGAUCAUCACUCUGUGGUCAUUGUCAAUCGAGAAAAACUUAAACCCGAAGAUUUUCCUCGCGAUUCCUAUACAGCAUUCCGUGGAAACAGACUUCUUUUGGGCAUGUCAUUCAGUGUGAACGAAGUAACCAAUAGUCAGCCUCCACGAUGCUUCAUCUAUACCAAUCUAAUUAAACUAGUUGAUCGUCUCAAAAGUUGUAUGUCAAGGAUAUCACGACCUAUUCGUCGUGGUGCUGUCUUUAAGCGUUUUCUUCCGCGCAAACCUCUUUUUGGACAGUUGAUUCAAUCGCUUGAAUUGUCCUUCCGAGUUCCUUGUUUAGAAGUUACUUACUGGGUUUCAUAUACAAAACGUCUGGGAAUUCAUGCAUGUAGUGGACCUUUGGAUCUCAGAUGUGUUUUCGGUGUUCAUGUUGAAGGUGAAAGGGAGGCAAGAACCUCCACAAAUGCAGUUGUUUUCGUCCUUCCACCUCGAAAUUUACGCAGACGUAUUUCUCCCCAGUGGAGUCUUCGUCUUGUGGAUGCUCGUUUACUGAAUGGAAAAGCCUGGUUGUUGCAUCAACCUGAUCGUACUGCCCUACACCUCAUCUCUGAAGCCGAAAGUAGCACUUCCGAACUGGAAGGAAGUCCUCAUUCCUUCUCUCCCAAUUCAGAGUUGUUGAUUUUCUCUUCCAUUCGCUUUAAACGAGAACUCCGAAAUCCCUCUGAGCUACCACAGCAGUUGGUGAAAGUUCGAAUUCCCGGACUGGAAAAUUUCAAUGAAGACCGUGAAAAUGAUUGCGGAAAUGUGGAGAUAGAUGAAACCAAGAGCUCAAUUCACGAGGAGUCUUCUUCAGCCUCCCCUGAAAGACGUCAUGCAACCAAGUUCCAACUCUCCCACGAGGAUCUUGAACCAGUGCAUCACGUAACAGUGGAAAAUCCGAAGAUGCGAUGGAAUGAGACGAAUCGGAAUUUAGUGUACAGCAUGAUGAAUAUGUAUAAGCAUGCGCAGACGCUGAAAAAGAAUCUCUCUGCUCAGGCCCUUAAAGCCAUCUCUCUGGAUAUUACAACUAACUCGGCUAUUCCACAACAAAACGAACUUACUCAAAAUGCUGGUGAUGAAGCCCCUGCUUCGUCACAAGAACAGAUUGCAGGUCUGUCAAAGUCUUCCACAGGUGUCGACGCAGGCACUAUAACUGAAGAGGAUGAUGGCAAAACUGGCGAAAAUUCUCAGACUUCGUCGGUAGUAAACGCUGGCACUUUCCCGGAAGUCCCCAUGCUGGCUCGCCUAGUUAAGGAAGCGGAAACUGCUAAAUUUUACGCCUACUGCGAAGAAGAGCCAAAGCAACCGGACGUAAUGGACCAACUCCAAGGCCUCUCUCUUUGUACUUCAACUCCUGUGUUGUCUCGUCAGUGGCAUAUUGAGCUCAUCAAUUGUCAAGUUAUGCUGAAGCCUGUUGAAGGAUCUGGUGGUUAUGUCAUCGUGUCAUCUGCAAAGGCUCGUUUGGAUUCUGUCAACCAUCCUCCGGUAUGGCGUGACGCCCAUCUUCUUUCCAAAUCUAGCCUUAUUGGAAACAUGGAGUGCAUGCAGUAUUACGCCACUGUAGGAAGACUGGAGGCCACAACUCUCGAUCAAUGGCUCUCUACUGCAGAUGUUCGCGACUGGAUGCGACUUGGUACAGAAUUCGGACAAGAUGCCCUAUCUGGAAAGCCGGAGGUUGUCGGUUCAGGGCAUGCGGUGGGUGGAGUGGUUAGUGGAGCCUCUCCAUCUAAUUCUUUGUCGCCUAAUGGGACUAUCCAGCUGCAGAGGAUGGUUUCUAGAUGUGCUUGUCAGUUUGUCUAUGUUACUUAUUCACCAUUGGAUCCGAAUAGCUUACCACCUGGUCAAUUCGUUCCACCUCUUCCACCUACUGAUAACAGUUCAAAGAUUCUACAAAGUCAAGAAGGCGCUGAUACUUUUACUCUUCUUCACAGAACCCUCGAUCUUUGCACAAAUUCGCUGCAAUACAGUAUGGUCUUCGACAUCGUCAGUAACCUUCUACUCUACGUUGAACCUCAGCAAAAGGAACGGUUUGAGCGGAACCGAGUUGGCCUGAGCCUUCUGGGUGAACGUGAACUACGCCAGGCUAUUCUUCGUGACCAAGAAACCCUCCGUAGCAUGGUAAACGCCAUUCGUGUUCAGGAGAGGGAGUUAUGGACUGCUCUCCGUCAAUUUGAUCAAAAUCUCCGUGCAGCUGGCGCUUCUGGUACAACAGCCAACAGCAAUGCUACUGAUCCAUUAAUUUUUCAUCAACCUACUGCAUCACGGGCUGGUUUAUCUGCUUACAUUGACUCCAUAAAUUCUAUUCGAAUGGCACCAGCUAUGGCCGCUCAGGCUGAACAAAUCUUGGCGUGUGAAGAAAAGAUUAAUCAGAUGAAGGCUAAUAGUGUAGAGAAGAACGCUCUGCUGUCACAGAGCAUUGCACAUUUCCAGAAAGUUCAUGUGCAAUCUCAGAGGCUGGAAAAUGGUGCGCAGAACUUCGGGUUGGCUAAUCCUCCGGUGGAUUCUGCAAGUCUUGGUGGUAAUAUCAGACUAAAGAAGGAACAGAUUCCCAAUGUUCCUUCUGAAGACGGACUUUCGACUCGAUCUCUCGUGUUGCCAUCAAAUUUCAUGGUUUCACAACAAUUAAAUGGCGUCCCCAGUUCGUCUGCAGGCACUCCAUCUCCCUCCACCAUAUCAGGAACUUCAGGCAAAGGAGCCACCAUAGACUCUCAAUCCACCGACGCUACCACUACUGCUAAUGAAAUUGAAGCGGACGUAGUGAGACGUGAUGAGGUCUGCUUUGAACAUGCCCUAUGGCGCAUGACAGAAGCUGAUGGUCAAAUUGGACUGGCUGAUGUGGAGUUAAGAGGCUUCCUGUAUGCUAGAACUCAUAAGAGGGACGACUCUGGGUCACAUCGGUUCCAAUUGGGGUCAAUGAGAGUUCGAAGUCUUGCACCGAAUUCCUUCUAUAAGGAAGUGCUAUUGCCCGACUGUAACAGUAGCUACCACCAUACGGGAGGACCGAUGAUUCGUCUUGCAUGUACAGAGAGACCACCUGUUGGAGGAAUCUCCGUUAUAGAAGUCAUGGAAGUUAGUGUUGCGCCUCUUAUUCUUCAGGUUAGUAAACCCUUCUACAAUCUCCUGAUGCCAUAUUUCUUCCCCGAACGCGGAAAUGAAGACGCGGUAGCCUCUAUUUCAGCAGAGCACGUUGAAAACCUCGAACCAGCUAGUACCGAUCUCGCUGCAUCAUCAGAGGAUUUAACAGUGGAGGUUGCCGAAACCAAAACUAAGAAGCGCAAUCGAUACACCGGGAAACUCAUUUCCCGUUUCGACCCGAAAUCCUGGAGUGGCCGAUUUAGAGGUAGCACCAAUCGAGGUCUACAACAGCAGCAAUUCCAACCCCAACAACAGCAACCACGACUCAAGACAGUUGCUGAAGAAAGUCAUGUGGAGGAAAUAACCUCCGAAUCAAAUAUGCCUGUGGAACCCGAUCCUGGUGGCUCACUUAGAUCAAGUCCUGAUCCUGCAGUACCUUUGCUUCCUCUUGAUGUCAUGAGAGAGCGGGCCCGUAGGAAUCAUGUUUUUCUAUACAUCAAAAUUCCAGGUUUCCCUAUUCGCUUGAGCUAUAAGGGAGAUAAGCAGAAGAACCUUGCUGAUGUGACAAACUUUGAGUUAAACAUUCCAAUGCUGGAGUAUCAUAAUCGUCUUUGGACUUGGCUGGACUUUGUUCUUGAAGUUAAGAUGCGCAUUCGGAGGCAACUUAUCAAAGAAGUCAUAAAGCAGAAGUUGCGUCCUCGUCGAGCAAUUUCCUGGCAUACUGGUGGUCAUUCCUCUUCAGAUCGUGCCACAGCCAGCGGUGCGGCUGAAAUCGACGAUGACACAGCGUCGUCGAGCAUUGUCGAUGGUGGUCGUUUUAACGUCAACAACAAUAACUCCUCAGUUUCAGCUGCCGCAAUCGUGAAUGCUGUCCUUCCUUCCUCUUCGCUUUCUACCACAUCCAGUUCUGUUACUGCUGCAGCGGCUGCUGCUGAAGUUAGUCGAAGGGAGCAGGAAGUGCUUGAACUGAUUCUUGGAAGACAUGCCGCUGAACAUCCUCCCCAGCCCAGUGGACGAAAGAAAUUCCGCGUUUUCCGAUGA